AUGACUUGUGAACAGGACGUGAAGGAAGGACGUACGAGUGUUCAGGAACGCCCGCUGCCAUACUACGAUACCCAGUAUCAACGGAGCCAAGGUGUCGCCAUGCUCGGAAUGGAUUCGACCCCACAACAGUUCCUACGAUGGGAUUAUCCCAAUGAUUACAAUGUUGCCCAAAACUUGCAUUAUGCCAGACAAUUUCCUUAUGAACAUGAAAACAAAUCUUGUGUUCCUUCUGACAGUAAUUUAUACUGGAUUUCUUCACAAACGUAUGAUAGCGAAAAAACUUCAGGAUGGAAUCAUCCAGAUAAACCGCCAAUUCCUAAGUUAACAAUCCGACCAGUGAAACAGUGUCAGGAAACGGAUAUGCAAGGGAGGCGUGGUUCGAGUAGUCAUUAUCCUUUCUCUUUUGGCAGAGGUCCUUUAUCGAGAAGGGGACAUCAUUCAAGGCCAUUCCCUUCUCCCAGGCCUACGCCUAGGGGCAGAGGAAGGUCCGUUGGGCGCCCUAGAGGGAGUCGUUUGCGGGGCGGAAGACCUAGUCCAGUGAGUGAAAAAAAGAGUAAUAGCUCUUGGAUGUAUCGAAGCAGUGGCAAUGAUGAUAUAAGUGCUCUUAAAACGAAGUGUCUUAUUCAAAAUCAACUGAACGAUGUAGAACUAACUAAUCCGACACUGAAGGAAACGCACAAUGUAGAUGAUGACAUAAAAACUAAUUCCAGUGUAACAAAAACUACAGACAUAGUUUGUCCUUCAGGAUUGGACGGGUUAGAAGACUCAAUGUCAAUGAAGGAAAACUCUGCCACUCUUCAGCAUGAAACAGAAGCAGUGUUACUGGCAAACAGUUCGAAAAGGAAGGACAACAUUGAGGAAAUAGAAUGUGAAUUUGAUGCAACGAACUAUUAUGAUCCAAAGUUAAGACAAACGAGAAUAAGUCUUAACGAUCUUCCACUGUCAUCAGGUAAAGUCGAAUUCGCCUUACAGAAAAAGUACCCGGAUAUGUUUUCUAAACACAUACAAGUGAAAGUGCAAAAACUUCAAUCAUCUAAUGCACAAGAGUGUGAAAGCCCUAAAUCAUGUGCUUCCCCAUUAUCAUCCGUCACAGAAAUUCUAUCAACAUGUUCAUCGUCACUCAAAGUUACCGAAACAACACCAUGUAGUGAUUCAUCCAUAAAUUCUAUUGAGCAAGAUACAUCUAAUGUAAAAACUGACUCGCCAAUGCAGGAACCAUUAACAUGUCCAAAUAUCGCUGUGCGCUCUCCGGAUGCACCAGAAGACUUAACAAAUAAACCAAAAAUGACACAUGUUCCUCACUUUAACAUUUCAAAGUUAAAAUCAAAAUUGAAAUCAGUGAAAAUACCUGGUCCUCCCACGCAGCAAUCUAUCGAAACGCAAACUGAAUCGUUUGCACUUGAUUCACCUCCAAUUGACGAAGUUUUGCCAAUUCAAUUUGAGAUAUCAGAUGAAUCUCCUUCGUUACUAAGCGUUUCUGAAACAUUUACCAAUGAAGGAGAUUCGUCUCAGCUUCCACCACCUAUAUUAGAACCAAUAGACUGUACGACUAUCAGAUCCGUACCUUUGUCAAUGCCGGAGUCAAUUGAUUUAGCCGUUACAGCUGAUGCGACUUUCAAUGACGACAUCGGGGAACUAGAUGAGAACAGUUCCGUUGUAAUUGGUAACGCUGAAGACGAAACUGAUACUAAAACAAGAGAACAUUCGAAUGACGUUACUCCUCUGACUGUCAUUAUGGUUCAAACGAAUGAGACUAUUUCGGACGGUGCACUAGAAGCUUCGUCAAGCACGAACAACGUUAUCACAAUCGAAACAUCAGAUCCAGCAAAGGACGAGAGUCAAGGUUGUGUUGUUGAUAAUGAUAUUGGCGAUGUUGAAAUGAAUGAUCCUAAUAAUAAAAAUAGCUCUGACAGCACACAGCAGGUUAAAAGUUUGGACGUGGCAUUAGAAUCGAACAGUGUUCAGGACGAUAACUAUUCUAGUAUAUUGCAAGAAGCAGAUUCUUUUCAAAAUGCCGAGUGUUCCGAAUCCGUAGGCGAGGGGUCGAUUAAUGCUAACGACAAAUCAAUUUGUGAUGAAAACACAGUAGAAGAAUUGAAAGAUGUUGAUUCUCAAACGAUGACAUCGUCGACAGUAGAUUCAAACAUAGUUUCAACAGAACCGACUUUUGUACACGGUCUCACGCAAGUAACAGAGGAAGUCAGUGAUGUGACCAACGAUACCAAGGAAUCCGUUUUUUCAACUACAGAAUUAGAAGAAUCAGUUAUAGCAAAUAAGGAAUCUCUCGAUGCAGUAGAAUAUGUUAUGUCAAAUGUCGAUUUUAUCGGAGCAGAGGAACAUAUUGUAUCGAAUGUUGAUUCCGUCGAAGAAACUGCAAUUGAUCCGAAUCAGGAGACUAAUAUGAUUUCUUUGGUGACCGUUACAGUGGAAACAAGUGAUGAUCGCAUCAACAAGGCCGAAGCAGAGAGUGCAGUCACAGCACUCUUUUAUACAAACAAUCUUGAAGUGAAGGGAAAAGAUGUCACUUCCGAAGAAAAGGCUCCAACUGAAACAGGUUAUGAUAGUGAUGCGAGUGACGCUACCGUCAGAUACUCCGAUGACGAAGAUCACCAAUCUCUAAAAAUAGUCAUUCCUCCGGAAGAUCAUGAUAUUGCGAAAGAUUCUGCAGGAGAUACGAACGAGACAAAUAAAGACGCUAACGUUGCUGUAUCCAGCCCUACGCCUGAAAUAAUUUCAGAGGAUAACAAGGAAACACCUGUUUGCGAAAACAAUGGAGAGGAUAUGGAUUUAACAUCGGGUUCAUUGCCAGAAUCAACGGACGUUCCAGAAGUCGUAGAUGUAACGCACAUAGCUGGAAAGCGGAAGGUUCGGGGGAAGAAAACGUCCAACGCCCCCAUUUCAGUUACGUUAAACAACACUACCAAACCAGAUGGCAUUAACACUCCUAUUAGUAGACAAAAACGUAAAUAUGCUAGCAAGAAGGAAGUUGUAAAAAAGAAACCCUCCAGAAAUAAAAAUACAGAAGAGAAGCUAACGCUUAUCAUUUCCAGAUCUCCUAGAAAAACUCAGGUUAAAACAAAUGUGGAUAUUACUGAUCAUCCAAGUGCAGGCAACGUAAUUAAUGACAAACAGAAACGUAAACGCACUCGGUCUAAGAAUUCAGUAAAUGGUCGCAGUACAUCAAGACGAAUAUAUACCAAACGGUCACGCCUUACAGUUGCAAAGAGGGGGAAACGAGGAAGGAAGACAGAAGCGCCAGACUUUCCUGACAUAAAGAAACUUAUUGAGGGCGAUGAUCAACCUCCUUUAGAUGAAGAUGAGUUACCGACCAUUUUGCCCCCGAAGAGACGACGAGUAAAUAUACAGGGUACCUUGAAGUCGAAACCAGUUGUCGCUGAUAUGGACAGGCUCGUGCAGGAGUUUCCACGCCACAAUUGGUUGGAAAACAAGUACAAGAAGGAAGAAGAAAAGGACGUCAGUGACAAGAAAGAGACAAGUCCAACGUCAGAGCCAUGUAAUACUUCAAAACAGUGCCCGGAUGAUGUCACUAAGACUAACAUGGCCGAAGAUACCACAGAGAUGGAGGUAUCUACGACAACUGCCGUAGAUGAAUACCCAAAUAUCGAAUGCACUGAAAAUCAACAUCCGGUGGAAGUGACGUCAGAAGGAAUCAGCACUAUUGACACUACGAAAGACGACGAACCGUGUCCUGUAAACGCACCUCUCGAUUUAUGUGUGAAAACGUCGCCAGAGCAGAGAACCCAGUCGGUUGCAGAUAUUGUUCUCGAGCCUAAAACGCCAUUGGACGGAAAUAUACAAGCAAAUCCAUGCAUCAUACAAACAACAGAGAAUGAUCCUUCAGAUUUAUCGAAUAAAGCCAAAGACAUUGUCCAAAAGAAUGAAAGAAGUUUUAAACAAUCACAAUCAAAUAUCGGAAUUUCUGACUCUUCCUGCAGGAUGACCUCAACACCAGGUAUGGAAUGUACAGGUCAUACCAUUCCGACUCUCAGUUCUGUCCCUGUAUCGAACAAUGCAAGUACUUGCUCGACAGUUGUUCAAGGAAGUUCGUAUCAAGUCAUAAGUUCCGUGUCCUCAACAUCAGCGCCACAUGCUUCACCGCAAUGUGGUGUUCAAACUAACCAGAAUCAUAUGCAAGAUGAUGCAAGACAUCUCUCAAAGAGUCAUAUCAUAGAAGGUCAAACAAACGAUACCAACUUGUCAAAUACAUCCACAGCGGAAAAUUUAGGAGCAUCUCAAAAAACGAAAGAGUUUGACAAGGAAGUGUAUAAACAUCUUAUAGAGUAUCGGCAAAUUCAAGAACGCGAGGCUCGAAUGGCAAGGGAAAGGGCAGAACUUAUUAAGUUAAAGAACGAAAAAGCAAAUUUAUUAAGACAAUUAGGCAUGCAAAGGAAACCUAGAAAUCUAAAUGGUGGGAGUUUGGGAAUCCAGCCAAUAAAUGGAGAUCCUAAUCAAUCGCCUGCCAUCAACCUUGCAACCACAAUGCGUGGACCCAAGUCUAAUCAGAAACAGUACAAAUGUCAAGCUGAAUUACUUGGAAAAAUAAAAAAUGCUUUGCGUUACCAUCCAAGACAUGGUACUUCUCGCCAGCCUCAGAAAAAACGCACUGAUUUACCAGAUAAUCCCUCUCCUGCUCAUAUGAAUAUUCGCAAGAGCAUCGUGGAACUUUGUCAAGAAAUUAACAGGUGCAAGGCACCGAAACCAGCGAAUAUCGAUGUCACAGGCCCAUAUAUGAAAAGAAAAGAUCCACUUACAAGGCCCCCAUUUGAGUUUGCUAACCCUCUACCAACAAAGAGUGAACCACCUAAAGCCCACAGUCAAACUCCAUUCCAAAGCGCAGGGCAAUUGAUUUACCCUUUGCCUUCUUUUUUGGAGCAUAAGACAAAAUUAGCUAAAAAGUCAUCAUCUAACACAAUUAAUGAUGAGUCAGUCGUUUCAAAUGCAAAAACUACUGUUUCUUCACCAUGUGUACAUGAAGCCGUAUUAUCUGAAGCUCAAAAUAAGACGAUUGUCAGAUCCGAGAAAUGUAUUCAAACUAAAGUUCAAAAUGAGAGCCAGCAAGAAAUAAAACAUGUUUCGUCUUCUCCGGCGGAUUGCUCGCUUAUCGACCACACAGUUAAGAAUUUAAGCACAACCUCCUCAGGUAACACUUUUCAGCAACAGCCUGUUAAACAAUUACAGGUAAAUGAUAAGAAUCGUGAUACUGAACUGGUAGUUCAGCGUGAACUGAAUGAAGCUUUAGCUAAACGCCAACGAUUCGAUGAUUCUGAAAAUUUAAAUCAAAAAGAAAAAAUUUCAUCAGGUAAACCAGACAUUCCAAACAGUUUUCAGAUCGAUCCAAAGCUUUUUAAAAGUAUUCAAGAAAGUGCACAGGAAAAGAUAAAAGAAGCAGAGAGAAAACAACAGCAGUAUACACAGAGGAUAAGUCAACAACAACAACAAACGCGUCAGCAUAUGUUAAUGCAGCCAAAUAAUCCCCAGCAAGCGCAAAAUGACUUGAUUACGCUUGAGCAAACCCAAAAACACAUUUUACUUCAAUCAAAGCAACAUCAAAUACAACAACAAAAUCGACAACACCACCAACAGCAACAACCAUUUGAACAACAUGUGAAACAACACAUAAAACAGCAGCAGCAAAUACGACAACAAAUGUUACAGCAGCAGCAGCAGCAUAAGCAACAACAGUAUCAGCAACAGCACCAGAACCAACAUUCACAACCACAAGAACGUAACAUGCAGCAGUUUCACCAACAAAAUAAAAUGCAAGUUGCUUCUGGAAGCACAGGUCAAGGUCAGACACAUCUUCAAGUUCAUACGUCGGGACAUUCACGUUUGAUGACACCUUAUGGAAAUCAAAACGUCAACCCAAUGAUUCAAACGCAACUGGCGAAUAGGCUUCGAGUUCCUGUCAACAUCACAAGCCAAAGUUCCAAUAACAAUAUAAUUCCUGCCAGGCCUUCUCGCGAAUCCGGCUACCAAGACCAAUUGUUGGUGUUGCAGCGACCUCGCGCUACAACACCCUCCAUGCCACAAACAACGCAUAAUCAUCAAUCGCAGCGGGUUCUUGUCGGUGCUCGCACAGUACCUUUUGGAACUGGUACCAGCGGCAUUUUUGCAAACAUGACUGAGACGAGUUUAUCAGAGCAGCAGCAACAAAAAAGUAUCCAAACAUCUGAUGAUGUGACUAGUGAUACUCGCUAUCCUAUUGCUUAUAACCAAACUAAUUCACACGGACAAGUUGCGGUGAUUCAGUCGACUUCUGCUGUCAAUACAACGUACAACAGAUAUCCAGUCGUCACGGCGCAACAACAUCAUAAUACCGCAGUCCCUGGGGAACUUUUAAGUAACAAUGUUCCUCGUGUGACUCAUCACCAACAUUUGAACAAUAGACCGGAAAGUGCAGUGAGAGCGCAUACAGCAGUUCAACAGGCGACUUUACCAAAUAAACCUACAAAUGUCCUCAGCAACAACAACGGUACAUCAACGAAUUAUGGCCAGGUACACACGUCCUCAACGAUUCAGCCAAGCGCUAGAUAUACACAGGAUCUACCCACAACAUCUGGGUAUUCGUCUUCGGUGGUACAGCAAGAAGCACCCCCACAGCUGCAACAGAUUAACGGCAACUGUAAAGUUUGUGGGAAGACAGCCAUGUUCCUGUGUUCUAACUGCAAACUUAUUUGGUACUGUAGUCAGGCGUGUCAGCUGAACCACUGGGUCUCACAUUCUCACGAAUGCAAAUCCUCAUAGAUGUUUUGAAAGACGCCGACCAAAUUGAUUUAAAAACAAUUACACAUUUGAUUAAGUAUUUUGGAUGCCAUCCUUAACUAGCAAUAUAUAAAGCGAUGGGGUCCCUCUGCAGGAAACCAACUUUUACAUUUAUCUUCAAACAGCAGCUUUUUCUUGUGGGUGCAUAUAUCUAUGUUGCUUUAGAAUUCCUUACCUUUAACAAGUUCAGAUCAGUGCAUUUCCAAGUAUUUUUUAGCAAAGAUUUUUACGUCUGUGCAUAGUGUAUAUUGUCUGAAAAAAUCUUAUGUCUGCUUAUACAUAUACCAAAAACAGUUACUAAGAGAAACAUGCAUGUAUAGAUUUAGUUAAUGUUUUAUCAGCAUGACAGAUAACGAAUUUCUGAACAAUUUUAUGCCAAGAACUAUCAUUGAAAACUUCAAACGGUAAUAGAUAUUACUUAAACAGUAUUAUCUCUGAUAUAUAGUAAAACUAUAUUGGCUCAAACCUGCUGUUUAUUGUGUGAUUGUAUUGAAGACAUCAAGGUUUGUAAUAUCCUCUUACAAAGUCUUCAUAAAUACAUCUGUUCGUCUAUUUGCUUUAUAAAUAAUUCACACCAAAUGACUCGAUCAACAAAAUUGUGAAAAAAGUAAAACAUGCUUUUUGCGCACGAAAGAAUGUUUUCCCCGUUUUGUCUAUGGAGGUCAAAAUGUGGUCUUGUGACUGAAUUUGAUAAUUUUGUAUUUCUAUAUGACCCUGUAUAGACGUGUAUUAUCUGCUUGAGAAUCUUGUGUGUUUAUUGUCACCAAUAUGUAAAACAUUUCGUAAACCUAUUGUACAUUAUAUCAAGGCAAAAUAGCAUUAGUAAUUGUAGACAUUUACCGAAGAAAUAGCGCAUUUGAUUUACGCAUUUACCUUGGUGAUUAAUUGUAAAAACAAAUCACAGUUUUAUUCGUUCUUUUUUUUUUAUAGAUUCUCUUAAUCUUCAAAUAAUUUGUCAACGAGCUUAAAUCACUUUAUAACGUUCAUAAAUAUUUUUCGUGUGAGUAACAUUAUUCCACGAAUUAAAGUGCCCACGGGAAAAAGUGAAAAACUUCGAAACUUAUGUCUCAAGAAAAUAUUUUAUUUUUCAUACACUUCUCAAACACUAGUAAUUUAAAUAUUAACAAUAACUGAUGAAUUUGCGUGUUUCAUCCUUUGCCUUCCCCCUUUCCUUGAGUGAAUUUCAAUACUAACAUAUGGCGUCACAGGUAUUGUAUCAGCAAGACAAAUCCUAUUUAUAACUGCAGCAACGAAUGAAAAGGAAAACUGUACAUAGAGGUUUAAAUGACGUUAUCAUGGAAUGUGGUCAAUUUAAAUGACAACACCAUUGUACUGCAGUUAAGCAAUUUAUCAGCAGGAAUUAGAUAAUAUGCUCGUGUAAUGCAAUGGAUUUAUUACUUUCUUUUUGCUUGAAAAAUAAUGCUCAAUUCUUUAUCAUGUGCCUUUGAUGUUUUAAAUAAUAUUUGUUGAAAUGUCAUUGUCUCUACUCCUUCUGUUCAACAGAAUAAUUGUUAUACAUAUAUAUUUGAAACUGGCAUGUUCCUUUCUGUGUUAAUUAAGGUUUUCCUAGGUUUAAGCACAUACCACCUAUCAAAGGUCCGUAGUUUAGAGAUAGAUACCGUGAAAUGCAAUCCAUAUCCUUCAUUAUUCUAUGAUUUAAUCAUUUCAUUCUUCAUCAACUUAUUUAAAAGCAUUAUACGAAAGCCAUGACCAAUCUACAGUUCAAAGAGACAAGGGCAUUACAAUGUUUAUGUGUUCAGUGAGUGUGUUGUGUUAUUAUAAAUUGGCCUAGAAUUACAUGCCUAGAAUUACAUAUGACUGAUAGUUAGGAAAUCGAUAGAUAAAUAUAAUCUAAUUUACAUAUUUGAUUUUGGGAACCAAUUCGAUUUACCUCUAAUCAAACAUACGUAUUUAAAUUGCAUUGAAGCAAAGAAAAACAGUAUCAAAUGAAUGUUAUUAGUUAAUGUACGUUUUGUAAAUUAGUGUGAGUUGUCGAUGUAGUCAUAUGCUUUCUUUUUGCAGGUAUAAAAUUAAUUAUGUCAAGUCAACCUAUUAAUAACUGUAAUGAAAACCCAGUAAUGAAGUUUAAUCCCACAUGGGGAUGUAAAAUGUAUUUAUAAAUACAAUGUAAGUCUUUUAGUGAUUAAAACAAUUGAAGUUUAAUUCAAUUUAACGAUAUCAAAUUAAAAGUGCCAUAUUCUAUUUGUUUCACGGAGAGAAAUGAUAUAACAGGUUAUAUUAGUCGAACAUUUUGAUGAAUCAUGACUUCCAUUAUCGCAUAUUUAUGUAAUACUGUAAAAAUAUAUAUUACUGCGAAUCUGAAUUUUCAAGAAUUGGAAUGAAAAAAAGACAACAUUUAUCGAUUGAAAUAUCCCGAUAGAAACAUAAAUAUGAUAAUUUAUAUUCUUAACGUCUGCUAGUGAAUAUAGCGAUACGACGGUAAUACGAGUUACAGUUGAUAUUGCGGAUGAUAUUUCUAUGUGCCAUAUAGUAUAUGAAACAGAGGAUAUUGUAAAAGAAACACCUGUGAAUAGCAUCUUUCAAUUCGAAAUUAUUUUUAGAUACAAUAUGUUACAAAUAAUGGAUGGAAUCAUAGUUUCUUAAAAUGUUGAUAUGGUAUUCCAUAGUGCAAGUAGUUUAAUAAAUGUCGUAUAUUUUAAAAUGAUUUCAAUAGAACAUUUGCGCUAUUACUUUAUUGUUCUGCGAUAGUUUUCGAAAAUGUAACAGGUUAUACCGUUUUUUAUUUCUCUCUUUGUAAUAACAUUGACGUCAAAACACAAUAAAAUAUUAAUUGGUGUAUCUUAAUGAAUGUACAGAAGACAAACAAGUGAAUAGACCAUUUUAUAACUUACUAUGAGUUAGAUACAGUAGAGACAAACAAUAAACUAUUCUGCAUCAUACAGCUGUUUUGUUCGUCUAGAACUCUUCAGUGAUGUCCAGGGCGUACACUUGGAAGCUUAAAAGGCUAUAGGAAUAUCUGUCAUUUUUUCAUGGUGCGAUUUUAAAUUCAGCUUGGUUUUGGCGUCGUGAUUUCACACAUUAGGUCUGUUGGACGGUCUGUACUCUUCUCAUAAACGGUAUCGUAUAUGUAUUCAUCUUUCAAGAAUUGUGAAACGAGCUAUCACUUAUAUCUAUCAAUCUUGUUUGGUCUGAUUGUGUAUGCGAGGGGUCUGUAGGUAAAAACUGGAGUCUUCGGUGAAAACCAACGAGGUAUGACGGUUGACUUGAUAUAUUUUCCUGCCCAAUCGGGGAAUCGAACCUUCUUUGUCUAGAUAAGAGCAUCGUCAUUGCUUCACCCUUCCGUAUUCUGUUUUGUUAUAUAUAUAUAUAUUGUGGAAUUAUUCGCGUGCUUUAUUAGGUUGGUAUUGUUAAAUUUGAUGUAUUUCUGAAAUUAUUGAAAUCUUACCAUCAUUAUUAUAGCCAUUAAGUCUUGAUUAUAUUAUAUAGUUUUAUAUUUUG